UCUUUGGAGAGAAGUCUUUUGGCGGAGUGUUGGACGCUGCAACUCGUCAGUAUGGCUCGUAUGAACCGACCAGCUCCGGUGGAGGUCUGCUACAAGAACAUGCGUUUUCUCAUCACACACAACCCCACCAACUCCACCCUCAGCAGCUUCAUAGAAGACCUGAAGAAGUAUGGUGCCACGACAGUGGUGCGUGUGUGUGAGGUGACAUACGACAAGGCUCCUCUGGAGAAAGAUGGCAUUACAGUCGUGGACUGGCCGUUUGACGAUGGAGCUCCUCCACCCUCCAAGGUGGUGGAGGACUGGCUGAACCUGUUAAGGAGUCGCUUUAUGGAAGAUCCAGGCUGCUGUGUGGCCGUGCACUGCGUGGCAGGACUGGGCAGGGCUCCGGUGUUGGUGGCUUUGGCUCUGAUCGAGAGUGGGAUGAAGUAUGAAGACGCCAUUCAGUUUAUCAGACAGAAGCGUAGAGGGGCUAUUAACAGUAAGCAGCUGACCUACCUGGAGAAAUACAGGCCCAAACAGAGACUGCGUUACAAACAUCCACACAUUUUCAAGAACAAAUGUUGCAUCAUGUGACUGAGUCGCCGUGCAACACCUGUGAUACCGGACCUGAACCAACGUGACGACAGAAGAAAGGCAACCACCUCCGAUGCACUUU